UUUUGUUUCAUAGCGUUUCCAGUUCACUUGCGAAUGAGUCGAUACCCAACUUCAAACGAUAAUAAUACACAGUCAAAGGACCCAUAUGCUCGACCAAAUAAGCCUUCGAGAAUAGCUGUUAACCAGCCAAAUCCCACUGAUCCUUACAGAGCUACCAGGAAGCCUCAAGAUUCUGGUCUCGGGCAUAACUCAAAUAUAUAUGAAGCUGAUAACGAACCCUUAAAUAGCUCUCAGUCUGACAUCCAGCUGCAGCAUCGUAUCGUCGAUGUACGAUCCAACUCUUACCUUCCAUAUUCCCACCGACGAGACCCAGGGUUCAAUCCAGCUCGAUCUCAUGAGCCUUUGUACAUAGAAGAAGAUAUGAGCAGCAUUUCUAAUCCUGAUAAGGACGGUCGGUCAGCAACAUUACUUCAAGAAGAGCUACCGCUCGAUGCAUUUGAUUCAUACUCGGAAAUGCAAUCGCCUCGGUCAAAAUCUGCUGUCGUCUUUCCAACAUCAGGUGAGCUUCCGCCAAGAAGUAAGAAAAGAAAACUUCCAAAAUCCUGCUGCGGCAUUUCUUUCUGGAUAUGUAUUCCCUUUUGGAUAGCCUUCGUUGUCGUAGUUGCUAUCAUAUGGUAUUUCUGUUGGCCACGUACACCUACCUUGUCAUUUGGAGACGCUGCUGUAAAGGAUGGGCCAGUAUGGGGACCAGAUACAAAUCCGUCUCUUCAAUCCGAUUGGUAUGUCAAUAUAACCAUUGACAACUCAGCGAACUGGAUACCCACCCGCAUAAACAACAUUGCUUUCAGCGUACUCGAUACCAAUACCCAGCAAUUUGUUGGUCACGGCAAUACUAACGCUUUCACCAUCCCGGGUCGCAGCAUCCAGACCCUUAAUGUAACGGUCUACAUCAAUUAUACUGCUUCUUCGACUUCGGACCAAACCUUUAUAGAUCUAUAUAGUGCAUGCGGCCCACAGAAAGUCGGUGAUUCGCCACCUUUGAGUAUUGACUUCCAGGCCAUCUUUGACAUUUGGGGGAUCGUUUGGCAUCCUGUCGCGAUGGUUUCCCCGGGACCAGAUGGUUUCAAUUGCCCGCUUAGCUAGUGCGCUGGCUAUGCUGCAUAUUGAACUUUUUCCCUGACAUUAUCAUCGACUUUGCUUUGUUUUGUUUUGCACUUCCUAGACACAUUCAUUUUCUUGUUUUCACUUGCCCAAGCAUCCAUCACACUCCCUUCUCGAUUCGAAAUUGUACAGUUGCACUUUUAUAGCAACCUCCAUAAACCUGUGCCGUCAAAAUAAACCCACUCCAGACUCUUAUACAGUCCAUUUCUUUGGUAACUGUAUUUUAUUACGAUU